UUUGUUCCUAUCAGUAUCAUCGCCCCUCCCUCUGCCAGCGUCACCCGGCGAGCCCACAGCAAUACGUUUGGCCUUGAGUUACUAGCGGAGCAGCAGUGGGUGUGUGUCUGUGCCGCUGUAAAGAGUGUUAUCUGCGCCAGGAGUGAAAGAGUUAUUAUUACAGGCAAGGAUGUUUCAGACGCUGCUGCUGCGGCCGUCCUCGGCGGGCCUCGGGCGGGUGGUGCUGCAGCGCUUCACAAGCACUACGGCGAGCAGCCAGCAGCUGGCGGAGGCUGUGCUGGAGGAGCCGCGGCCCGCCACCGAGAUCCCUGGGCCGCGAGCCUACCCAAUAGUUGGUUCAAUCCCGUCCAUGAUGAUGGACAAAGAGUUCGACGUCAAGCGGUUGCACAAGUAUUGGAUAUCGGUGAUAAAGCGCUACGGGCCCAUCGUGCGUAUGGUCAACCCGGGGCGGCUCGUCUUUGUGGCUAUCGCCAACCCCGAGGACUGCGAGAAGCUCAACAGAGCGUCGACGGACCAGCCGCAGAGGACGCCACUCCUAACACUCAAGCGACUCCGCGACAACUGGACCGACAACUAUUUCGAGAAGCGAGGCGGCAUCAUAGUGGAGAACGGAGACGAGUGGUGGCGGGUGCGGAGCCGCGUGCAGACCGCCAUGCUGAAGCCGAUGGUGGUGCGGGAGUACCUGGCCGAGAUGGACGACGUUACGCUGACAUUCAUGGACAGGAUCCAGGAGCUGCAGGACAAACACGGGCAGAUGCCGGACAACUUCCAGGAGGAGCUGUACAAGUGGGCGCUUGAGUCGGUGGGCGUGGUGGCGCUGGACCGGCGGUUCGGGUGUUUGGGGGCGCCGCCGGGGUCCGAGGCGGCCAGGCGCGGGGAGGAACUCAUCACCGUGGUCAACAACCUCUUCUCGUCCAUGGCCGCGCUGGAGAUGGGGACGCAGAUGUGGCGUCUCUUUCCCACUCCCACAUAUAAGAAGCUGCGUGACAACCACGCAAAGCUCCUCAAGAUAGUCACGGAGCAGGUGGCGGAGACGGUGGCGUUGCUGAAUGAAGGAGGGGGGGAAGGCGGUUUGCAGUUGCCCGGGGCGAGGCAACACAGCGUCCUCACCCAGCUGCUGUCCACCCCGGGACUCACCCAGAAGGACGUCCUCACCUUCAUCAUGGACAUUGUCUUCGCUGGGAUUGACACGACCUCCCACACCAUGGGCUUCUGCUUGUACCUUCUGGCCAAAAACCCCGAGGUGCAGAAGAAGCUUCAGAAGGAGGUGGACGAGGUGGUGGGCGACCUUCAAGGACCUCUCACCCCGCAGCACAUGGCUCGGCUGUCCUACGCGAAGGCCGUAAUUAAAGAAACGUUCAGAAUAUUCCCCUUGACGAUGGCCUUGGUGAGGAUCCUGACCCAAGACUUGGUGCUGCAGGGCUACAGGAUCCCGGCAGGGACCAACGUUUUGGCUCUCAACCCACUGAUCGGCUGGGACGCCUCCGUGUUCCCUCGCCCCGACGAGUUCCUGCCGGAGCGGUGGCACAGGGACCGGCCGUUGGGUGAUAUACAUCCCUUCGCCAUCCUCCCCUUCGGCGCUGGAUCCAGGAUGUGUGUGGGGCGCCGCGUGGCUGAGCAGGAGAUGUACACUCUGCUGGCCAGGGUGGCGCAGCGCUUCACGGUCGAGUACCACCACGAGGACGUGGAGGCGCUCAACGGACUGGUGUUCUACCCGUCACGGCCCCUCACGUUCACCUUCCUACCUCGCUAGUGACGUCGGCGGCAGCGUUUUGCUUACCAUAAGUUAAUUCUGUGUUGGGAACAGUUCCAAAGCAAACUCGCUCAUAUCUACAAGAUAUAUACGUAUACAUAUAUUAUAGGAGAGCUGCAGAUAACGUGUGUAAAGCAUAUUGCGUGAAGAAUCUACAUCGUUGUCUCACGCUACCAGAGGCUCGUCCACCGCUGGCUGCUCCUAUGUUAGAGCUGCAGGAAUAUGGUGUUACGCACGUCCUCAGCUCCAGGUCACAUGAAGAAACGGAGAGAAGAGUCUGGACGAAGCAAGUCGAGUACUAUAGUCACACAUAUAUGAAGUCCGCUUGGGUGGGGCUGAGGCAUCACCCCCUAAACAUUACUCUCUCAUAUGUCAGCUAUUACUUCUUGAAAUUGUGUAUCAAAUAUUUUCUCUAUAUUUAAUAAGGCACUACUACCGUCCCAUUUACCUGCCCUUGCCGCGGAAAUGGGUAAGAAGAGAAGCGGAACGCCACCUUGACCAUGUAGUAUAAAGUGCGGUUUUCGGUCUCUCUCUCUCUCUCUCUCUCUCUCUCUCUCUCUCUCUCUCUCUCUGUUUGUGGGUGUCUGUCUCAAGCUCUUAAAAUUAAAAUGUAUGGCCGAUAAAUAUGUAUUCCUAAAACGCACAACUACUGAUCCUUACCAAAUAAUUAAUGAAAA